AUGCGCCCAGACGGCCCCCGCGACGCCAUCGUCGGCCCUGACAGUGGCCCCGAGCUACCAUUCCCACUCAAGUUGAAUGGCGAAGUCGUCAAAGGAUUUGGACGAGGCAGCAAAGAGCUCGGCAUCCCUACAGCCAACAUCCCCCUCUCAGGCCUCACAGUCGGCGGCCACGACGACAUCGAAUCAGGCGUCUACUAUGGCUACUGCUCUCUCUCCACCACUUCAACCAUCUAUCCCCAAGUAAUGUCCAUCGGCUGGAACCCCUUCUACAAAAACACCGUUCGCAGUGUCGAAGUCCAUGUGCUUGAGAAAUUCGACAAAGAUUUCUAUGGCGCGCAUAUGAAUCUCGUGAUUUUGGGAUUCAUUAGACCGGAGUAUGAUUAUGUGAGCAAGGAGAGUUUGAUUGAGGAUAUUGAGUUUGAUGUGCAGGUUGCGAGGAGGAGUUUGGAGAGGGAGGGGUAUGCUAGGUACAAGGAGGAUCAGUAUCUCAGGGAGUUUGAGGGUAGGAGUGGUGUUGCUAGUUGA